AAAGCACGAUUGUUUUAAAGUCCAACCAAAUACUUUGACGUUACUUAAUUAAGAUGAAGGUGGUGCUAUUCGGCUGUUUUUGUCCUCCUCUCAAUAUCGGAUUUAUAUGAUGUCUCCGCCCGCCUACCCCGAGUUGUCUCUCAGAUCAUUCCGCCUUAUAUAUAUAUAUAUAUCUCCUUAUACCACAUAUGUGAAACUAACUUGUUAAUUAAUUACUCCGAAGAAGAAGAAGAAGAAAAUGGCAACUGAUUCAAAAAAAACUGAUCGUGAGGAACAAGAAUAUGCAAAGUGUGUUUGGAUGAGUCUUCAACACGAAGAACUAACCGAACUUGAAGAUGCUGCAGCUCAAAUCCAAGACGGUGAAAAAGAUGAAGGGAAACUGACACAACUCGCUGAAAAAAUCAUACAACAUUUUCAAGAGCACUCUGACAACCGUCUCCGUCUAGCCCGAAAAGACGUGUCCCCAUUCUUCGCACCGGUCACGUGCUCACCUUUGGAGAAUUCGGUCUUAUGGAUCGCUGGCUGUAGACCUUCUUCUUUCAUUAGACUCAUUUAUGCUCUCUGUGGAUUCGAACCCGACGUCCAAGGAACUGAUCCGUGCCUUGAAGGGAUAGUAACCGAGGAUCUUCGCGAACUAUCUGAGAAACAGCUGAGGAUGAUUAACGAGUUGCAAGGCAAGACGAUUCGAGAGGAGAGGAGGAUUUCAACGAAAUUUGCUAGCUUACAAGAGGACACGGUGGAUCAACCGCUUGCGGGGAAGAUGAAGAAAGAGGGACAUGGUUGUGAGAAAGCGGAUGAAGCUUUAGAUGAACAUAGUGGACACAUGGCGGAUGUAAUUGAAGAAGCUGAUCGACUGAGAAUGAAGACGCUGAAGGAAAUAGUGAACAUACUUGAACCGGUUCAGGCGGUGGAAUACUUAGCAGCAGCUAAGAAAAUGAGGUUUUGUGUGCAACAAUGGGGAGAGAAGAGGGAUCAGCAGCAUAAGGAGUAGUUCGUUCUACUUAUUUUUUUAAAAAAAUAAUAAAUGGGGAAGGGCAAAAAAACUAAUGCAUGUUGCUUUUUAUAGUAGUACUAAGUUUUGAUAAUUAAUUUUAUGCUUGAAUUUGGUUUUGCUUGUAUAAGUUCGUUUUAUUUCUUCAUCUGUAAAAUGUUUUCACCCGCGGCUUCUUGUUUUCGGCAAAAAUAAUCCUCUCAAAGAAACCGUUUUACUUUAAGCGGUUACUUUUUUUACCA